CGAGUCUCGUCUUUGGCAUUUGUCAAAUAAUAUUAUUAUACCCCUGUUGCGUAAUGUUUUAACCAGCAUCUUCAGGCUUGCUAUUUCUAAAUUCUCACAAUGGCUGCACGUGAUCUGCUUCAUGUUCAACAUCGAACUGCUGUUGCAUUGCAGACAUAACUAGCUUCGAAGUGCCAGUAAAAAGCCGUCGGAACUACAAAGUGUCAACUACAAGAACCUUCAGGCAUUUGAGUAUUAUGGUGAACAGAUAGUCUUCAUUCAGCAUCAAAGUGCUAGUGCCUCAUCAUUACAAGCACGUGCUGUGAUUAUGCUGCAAAGUGCCAUUAGACACGUCACCAGAGGCUUGAUCCGUGAACCUGACCGAUUCUGUGAUGGCUGCAGAAGAGGAAUUUGGAACCAGGCAGUAUUCCUGCCAAGCACUAAAAACAAUUGUAUCAUACACCAUUGGGCUCGACAUCUGCUUCCUACACAUGCCCUUACUUGCAGAACCUUCUGUGUAAUCAAUGGAAUGAAGCAGAGGCGGCUUUAUUCAAAGUCACUAAGUUUUGAGGCAAUGGCUCCUGUGAGUUUGAAUGAUAUCAAAAAGUUUCUAAAUGAUAACAACAUCAAAUUUCAACAGGGGUUCGCUUGUAUUGUUCUCUCGUGUCCGCUAUGCUGUGGGAAAGGCAUCUCACUUGAUCAGAUGGAUAACUUCUUCAUAAACAUGACAACAGGAAUGUUUUUGUGUCACCAGUGCAAGCGAUCUGGCUCCUGGGCAUUGUUUCAGGAUUAUGUCGGUCUCAUCUACGCAUCAAGAGCGAAAUCAGCAUCAAAGACAAAAGCGACAACGAAGAAGAAGAGCGAACAGCUAGUGAAAGUGCAACUCCCACCAGCAAAGCUUGACCCUGCUUAUCAAGAGGAUGUGAAGGUUGCCCAGGAGUUGUAUAAUAAUGCGAUACCCUAUGAGAAUAUAGAUGAAACCACUCUUCUCAGGGUUAAUGAUGCACUGGGAGUUCAGUUUAAGCAUGAGACGAUGAAGAAAUAUAGAGUGCGAUACCGAGAUGAUGCUCUUCUGUUUCCCUGCUAUCACAUCGACAAGAGCCUGGUGGGAGUUAAGAGCUUACAACUUGUCGGCGAGAAAGAGGAAUGUAUAGAGUCUCAAAUGCCACGCUGUGACCAACAUGGUGGGUUGUUUGGCUGGCACACAGUGACGAGAGGGCACGAAGAGGUCGUGUUGACAGCUUCAGAGUUGGAUGCGAUAGCCGCCAAUCAGGAAACAAAGAUGCCAGCCCUCUCUCUGCCACGUGGAAUAUCUAACCUUCCUCAGGAAGCCUUGGCCCUGUUAGAACAAUUCAAGAGGAUUACGCUGUGGUUCAACAAUGACGUGCGAUCCUGGGAGGCUGCGAAGAGAUUUUCCAAGAAGUUAAAUGAAAAAAGAUGCUAUUUUAUUAGGCCAAAAGAUAAUCAGCCAAGUCCACUUCAAGCACUGAAAAAGGGGCUUAAUUUGGCCCAAAUUUUGCAUGGCUCAUGUCCAGUCGGGCAUAAGUCGAUUGUGUCAUUUCGUGCACUAAGACAGGAUGUCUUGUCUGAGCUGUCACAUGUUUCAGACGUUGCUGGGGUCAAGUGGAAGAAGUUUACACAACUGAACAAGCUGUUGAAAGGCCACAGGCCAGGAGAACUGACUAUUUUCACAGGCCCCACCGGAUCAGGAAAGACAACCUUCAUGAGCGAAUAUAGUCUGGACCUCGCUAUGUCCGGCGUCAACACACUGUGGGGUAGCUUCGAGAUACGCAACGUCAGGCUUGCCAAAAUGAUGCUGACUCAGUUUGCGCAGAAACCGCUGUCGUUUUUCAUCGACGAAUUUGACCACUGGGCCGACAAGUUUGAGAGUCUACCCAUAUAUUUCAUGACGUUCUACGGUCAGGAAAACUUAAAGAAUGUCAUUGAUACGAUGUCGCACGCCGUCUACGUACACGAUAUCCAGCACGCCAUCAUCGACAACGUGCAGUUCAUGAUCGGCAUGGACACGCGCGUCGACCGCUUCUGGCGGCAAGACCUCGUCGUCUCGUCGUUCCGCAAGUUUGCGACGACGAACAACUGCCACGUCACGCUCGUCAUGCACCCGCGCAAGGAGAAAGAGUCUGACAUGCUGCAGAACGCGUCGAUAUUCGGAGGAGUGAAGGCAAGCCAGGAGGCAGACAACGUUCUCAUCUUGCAGGAUCGGCGACUCACAUCACAGCGCGGCAAGAAGUACCUACAGGUGACGAAGAACAGGUUCGAUGGAGAGAUCGGCAUCAUGCCCCUGGAGUUUGACAGGGAAACGGUCAGUUACUCUCGCAAGAAGCAAAAAGAUGCGAAAAAGUCAGAAAAUGAGGACAUAUCUUCGCAGGCCCUGGUACAAGAACACAAUGAACCUCAAUCAUUAGUCGAUGAGAGUACAGUUCACGUUGGUGAGCCACCGCUAGACGACAAGGAUCCAGUGUAAGAGUUCAUUUCUCUUACUUUUGUACUUUUCUUUCAAACUCGCAGCAGUAAGAUAGGGGAAAUUAAUUAUGGUGCUAACCACUUUAUUGAACUGAAGUCGUUAGUAAAUAUGUCGAAUUAUGAAUGGGAAGUGAUAUUGCUACCUCAAACUAGAUCGUGCCACAAUUUUUUAUGUAAUGUAGCUGGAUAAUUUCUUAAUUAAAAAUACUUGCUAAUUGCCGCUUGCUCGUUUGAAUGUGCACGAUGCAUCUGCAAAAGGUGUAACUGCGAUAUUUAUAGGGCCGAACCAUUUGUGGUGGUUGUGGAGAUUACAGAUAUAUGAAUAUGUUACAGCUUCUUGUAUUAGCUGGUCUUCGCUAUCUCAGAUGUAUUUUAGAAGUCAUGGGAGUGCUCCGUGGAGAUCACGGAGCCAAUGCAAGGGUUGAAUUUUUAUUUUCUUGGCGUGCGACAAUUGUUGCUGUGGCACCAAGGGAAACACAUUUCCUUAUAUGAAUGACUACUUAGGCAACUUGUUUUUUAUAAACUUUUUAAGUAGCACGUGCAGAGAUGGGCACAUACACAACAUUGAAUUUAUGGGAAGAGUGGGAAGAAAUCCAGGUAGGGUAGCCAGGGCGCUUUAUAUCUGUGGAUAUCGGCCGGUUUUGUGAAGCACCGUGGCAAGUAGGGGGGCAACCAUGGAAAUUUCUGUUGGUGCCAUGGUGAAAUUCAACCCUUGCGAUGCAAGAAGCUGUAGAGUAAGACCAAUAUCCCCAGGAUUUGCUGCUCAGCAAUAGCAUGCCGAUAUAAAACUUGGUAAAUCAUAAAAUUUGAUUGAAAGUUAGAAAGUUUUACAAAAAUAAUUUGUGAUAUUGACAUGUGCAGAUGUACUAUACAUACGUGUGUUUGAUUACAUCAAACGGAAUUGAUCGUGGCAGUAGCGAACAUAUGACUGAGCAUAAACAAAGCCAUAAAUGUUUUUUUAAUCCAUACACUAAAGUUUAUAUUGUGUAAAUAAAAUUAUUUGCGAAGAUGUCAUAUCCCUGUAAUGUACAGACGAAAAGAAAAAUACAAUAAUAUGUCUUUGAGACGUCCCAAUCA